CUCCGCGGCAUGUGGGAUCUUCCCAGACCAGGGCACCCGUGUCCCCUGCGUUGGCAGGCGGGUUCUCAACCACUGCGCCACCAGGGAAGCCCCUGUGUCAGAGUUUUUAUCAGGCAUUGUGUAGGUUUCGUCAGCUCUUCUGCAUCUGUUGAGAUGGUUUUUCUGCUUCAUUCCACUGCUGUGAUUUCGACGUGUCCCCAGGUGUGACUCCCAGUGGUCAAGGGGCGUUGUCCCCUUGCUGGGUGGCCAGCUUCCAUGUGCAGAGGUCGUGCUGAGAAGCUGUGCUCCAAGUUGGUGAGGGGCGCUGCCCUGUGGUCUCUCGCGGUGUCCGGCCUUCUGAGCCACCGGGGGCUCCCUGCUCUAGUGCUUUCUGGGAGAGUUCGUGUGGACUGUGUUCAGCCUCCCUUCCGUGUUCGGUGCGAUUCACCAGCGACGCUGUCUGGGCCGGGGAGGGGCUGGGGCUUCGUUCUCCCUUUGGAAGGCGGUUGCCUCUGCGCUCCGUCCUCUUCGCGGGUGCAGGGGAGGCUCGUGUCUCCUCCCGCUGCUGCUGCCUCUCCCCCUCCUGCCUCUUUCUUUGUUCCCCACCUACCAAAGCACGAGUUACAGGCGGUGAAGCCCAGUCCUCAGAAGCUCAGGGCAGCUGCCGGCAGACUACGUCUACUUCGAGAACUCCUCCAGCAACCCGUACCUGAUCCGGAGGAUCGAGGAGCUCAACAAGCCCUGUCGGUCUGCUAUAAAACCGGAUCGGGGGCCGACAACGGCGAGGAAGGUGAAACAGAGGAGGAAAUGGAGAACCCAGAAAUGGCAGACCUGCCCGAGAAGCUCAAGCACCAGCUGAGGCAUCGAGAGCUCUUCCUCUCCAGACAGCUGGAGUCACUGCCCGCCACCCACAUCAGAGGGAAGUGCAGCGUCACUUUGCUCAACGAGACUGAGUCCCUCAAGUCCUACCUGGAACGGGAGGACUUCUUCUUCUACUCUCUCGUCUAUGACCCCCAGCAGAAGACCCUCCUGGCUGACAAGGGGGAGAUCCGUGUCGGGAACCGGUACCAGGCGGACAUCACCGACCUGCUGAAAGAAGGCGAGGAGGACGGCCGAGACCAGGCCAAGCUGGAGACCAAGGUGUGGGAGGUUCACAACCCGCUGGUGGACAAGCAGAUCGACCAGUUCCUGGUGGUGGCCCGCUCCGUGGGCACCUUUGCACGCGCCCUGGACUGCAGCAGCUCUGUCCGACAGCCCAGCCUGCACAUGAGCGCCGCGGCCGCCUCUCGGGACAUCACCCUGUUCCACGCCAUGGACACGCUGCACAGGAGUGUGUACGACGUCGCCAAGGCCAUCUCGGCCCUGGUGCCGCAGGGCGGGCCCGUCCUCUGCAGGGACGAGAUGGAAGAGUGGUCGGCCUCGGAGGCCAGCCUGUUCGAGGAGGCCCUGGAGAAGUACGGGAAGGAUUUCACUGACAUUCAGCAAGACUUCCUCCCCUGGAAGUCGCUCACCAGCAUCAUCGAGUACUACUACAUGUGGAAGACCACCGACAGAUACGUGCAGCAGAAACGCUUGAAAGCAGCGGAAGCGGAGAGCAAGUUGAAGCAAGUUUACAUCCCCAACUAUAACAAGCCAAACCCGAACCAGAUCAGCGUCAAUAACGUGAAGGCAGGCGUGGUGAACGGUGCCGGGGCGCCAGGCCAGAGCCCUGGGGCCGGCCGGGCCUGCGAGAGCUGUUACACCACCCAGUCUUACCAGUGGUAUUCUUGGGGUCCCCCUAACAUGCAGUGUCGCCUCUGCGCGUCUUGUUGGACAUAUUGGAAGAAAUAUGGUGGCUUGAAAAUGCCAACCCGGUUAGAUGGAGAGAGGCCAGGACCCAACCGCAGUAACAUGAGCCCCCACGGCAUCCCAGCCCGGAGCAGCGGGAGCCCCAAGUUUGCCAUGAAGACGAGACAGGCCUUCUACCUGCACACCACCAAGCUCACGCGGAUCGCCCGGCGCCUGUGCCGUGAGAUCCUGCGCCCGUGGCAUGCCGCCCGGCACCCCUACAUGCCCAUCAACAGUGCGGCCAUCAAGGCUGAGUGCACGGCACGGCUGCCCGGAGCCUCUCAGAGCCCGCUGGUGCUGAAGCAGGCCGCGCGGAAGCCCCUGGAGGCCGUCCUGCGGCACCUCGAGACCCACCCCCGCCCCCCGAAGCCCGACCCCGUGAAGAGCGUGUCCGGCGUGCUCGGCGGCCUGACCCCGGCCAAGUCGGCCCCCGUCAUCAACAACGGCUCCCCUACCAUCCUGGGCAAGAGGAGCUACGAGCAGCACAACGGGGUGGACGGCAACGUGAAGAAGCGCCUCUUGAUGCCCAGUAGGGGUUUGGCGAAUCAUGGACAGACCAGGCACAUGGGACCAAGCCGGAACCUGCUGCUCAACGGGAAGGCGUACCCCACCAAGGUGCGGCUGAUCCGGGGGGGCUCCCUGCCCCCCGUCAAGCGGCGGCGGAUGAACUGGAUCGACGCCCCCGAUGACGUGUUCUACAUGGCCACCGAGGAGACCAGGAAGAUCCGCAAGCUGCUCUCGUCCUCCGAGACCAAGCGCGCGGCCCGCAGGCCCUACAAGCCCAUCGCCCUGCGCCCCAGCCAGACCCUGCCGCUGCGGCCGGCCCCGCCAGCGCCCGUCAACGACGAGCCCAUCGUCAUCGAGGACUAGGCUCCGCCCGCCUGCCCGCAAGGCCCUCCAGCCGCAGACCGCGCCCGCCCGCCACCCGCCCGCCGCCCCGCCGCCCGGUUUCGGUAGUGCCCCCCCGCCCCCCCCGCCCCCCCCUGCAGAGAGACUGCUCCUCGGCCCCCAGCGGGGGUGGGGGGGAAGCGCCGCCUAACUUACUCCAGGGCCGCCGAGGAGUCACCUUUUUAGCUUGUGUUUACUUUUUGGCCGGAGCGGAGCUGAGGGGCCGCCCCAGCGCUCGCCCUGCGACGCGGGCCUGCGGGCCGGCCGGGAGUUUCCUUGUGUUCUGUUGAAGGUGCCAUUUUAAAUUUUAUUUUUAUUACUUUUUUUGUAGAUGAAUUUAAGCUCUGUAACUUACACCUGGAAUGUUAGGAUCGGCGUGGCCAGUGGCCAGCCGAGCUGCCUGGUGGGGUUGGCCCCUUGUCUUUUCAAGUAAUUUUCAUAUUAAAAAAAAACAAAGAAAAAAAACUCAUAAAAACAAAAAAUCCAA